AUGGUGGAGUACUAUGAAGCACUGGGUCUCCCCCGCAAUGCUUCUUUAGAUGCUAUUAAAAAAGCGUACAGGAAGAAAGCUCUGAAAUGGCACCCAGAUAAAAACCCAGACAACAAGCAGUAUGCAGAACAGAGGUUCAAGGAGAUUGCAGAAGCAUAUGAAGUUCUUUCCGACAAGAACAAACGUGGUAUCUAUGAUCACUAUGGAAAGGAUGGACUUGUAGGAAGAGCCAGGCCUGAAGGUUCCAGGACCAACAUGGGGGGUGUUCCUGAAUAUAUGUUCCAUUUCCGCAGUGCCCAUGAUGUCUUCAGAGACUUCUUUGGGGGACAGGAUCCUUUUUUUGGGGAUUCAAUGCCUUUCAGUGCUUGUGCCGGUGGAGGAAAAGGGUUUCGUUUCUAUUCAUCAUCAACUGACUUCAUCGAUGGGAAGCAAAUCACCACCAAAAGAAUUGUUGAAGAUGGACAGGAACGAGUGGAAGUGGAAGAGGAUGGGGAGCUUAAAUCUGUUACUGUUAAUGGUGUGCCUACUGACAAAGCAGCCAUUAGGGGAGAAAGGCAUCAUGGGGUUCAUGGUGAGCCUACCAGGUACAGGUCAGCACCAGAGUUCAGUUACCAUGAUGAUUAUGACUCUGAUUCCAUCUAUGAGGUGCGUACUGUGAGGAAACUAUUCCCUACUCAAAAGAAUGCCUACACAGCAGGAGAUGAGUCCCCUACGGCGGACAAUGAUUCUCACACAGACAGCGAGUCUCACCAAGAGGAUGAUGGGUUCCAGACUGAUGAUGAUGAAUCCCAAAUAGAUGAAAUCUAGCAGCGUGCUGCAUAUGAAUUACAUCCCAUAUAUUGGUGGCAAAUCAGGAGGAACUGAUGGGGAGAAAGAAUCAGCCAGUAGACAACAUGGAACUAGGCACCUGUGGUGCAUGUCAUUGCAACCAAGAAGGAGAAGGGAAGAACAGAACAUCAAAUGUCGAAAACAGCCUACUAGACAGUGAACAACAACAGUCCCUCACCAGAGAUAGAUUGCCUCCCACAAGUAACAAAUCAACUCCACAAAGGCUGAAGAAGGCUCCUAGGGGAG